AUGAUUUCUAAAUCGCCCAUCUGUAGAGAACCCAUCAAUCUGCAGGGCGGAUGGCCAACACCACGACUGCACCCUGUGGAGGCAAUGAAAUCGGCCACGUUGGAACUAUUUGCUCGCAACGACAUCAACGAGCUUCUAAAGUACGGACCUGAGCACGGUGAUCAGUCCUUGAGAUCAAACUUAGGGAAAUGGCUCUCCUCAUCAUAUCGUCCGCAAGCUGGUUUGAUCGGCGGCGACAGAAUCUUCGUUACUAAUGGAGCAUCUAACGGGCUCGUCAUGAUCUUGCAGAAAUUUGCAGAUGUCAGUAUGACGAGGAACGUAUGGAUGGUAGAGCCGACGUAUUUCUUGGCCUAUCCGGUUUUCCGCGACGCAGGUUUCGAGGGCUGCAUCCGAGGCGUGCCGGAGGGAUCUGAUGGCAUCGACCUGGAGUACUUUGAGAGUGCUCUGAAGAGCGCUUCCUGCAACGAGUCUCUGCCGCUGAGAUCGCACUUGAAAACCCCUAAGAAUGGAUACCCAAAGACUUAUCGCCAUGUUCUCUACAUGGUUCCCACCUUUUCAAACCCUAGUGGGCGUACCAUGUCUCUGCCACAGCGAGAGAGGUUGAUCCGCUUGGCCCGGCAAUAUGACGUACUAGUCAUCACAGACGAUGUGUACGACCUGCUUCACUGGCCCACUCAGCAGAGCGGAAAUCGGAGCAGAGAAUCCUCUAUGCCUCGCAUGGUUGACGUUGACCGGUCGCUUGAAGGGACAAAUGAGUUUGGAAACGCUGUUAGCAACGGCUCAUUUUCCAAGAUAGUCGCACCAGGGGUACGUGUAGGAUGGCUAGAGUCUACGCCAGCAUUUGUUCAAGCGAUGGGAACUGUGGGAGCCACCGUGUCUGGAGGUUGCCAGAGCCAUUUGUCAUCGCUGGUACUGAACCAAAUGCUGAGCAACGGCGCCGUGACGGCACACCUUGAGACUGUGCUGAUUCCAACCUACUCUCAUCGCUACAAAGUCAUGGUUGAUUCCAUCCGGCGACUGUUAAUUCCACUUGGUGUCCAAAUCAUGGUAGAUCCCCAGGAACCGACUGGAGCGUCAGCAGAUACGGCCGGGGGCUUCUUCCUAUACAUCACUUUUCCACAAGAUGGAUCGUUACCGCCUGCUGAUGAGAUAGCCAAAUUCGCACUCGACGAAUACAACUUGAGAAUUGCUCCAGGGAAUUUGUUCACGGUGAUGGGCGAAGAUUCAGGUAGGCAAGCUUCUCCAGGUCAAUAUCUUUCCGGUGCACGAUUAUGCUGGGCGUGGCACGAGGAACUUGCUUUGGAGGAGGGGAUUCAGCGGCUACGGGAAGUUCUCAUUCACUUGUCCAAACCAGAUCUCCUCGGCUGA